CUGGGCGGAAAUCGCUUUAGCGGGAAAGAUCCCGGAGGCGGGAGCGGGACCGGGGACGUUUCCCCGUUAUCCGGAGCUGGGAGGGGGAGUCUGAGGGACUCCGGGGCGGCUGCCUCAGCGCGGGCUCCGGAGGGACUUUGUCAAAGCGCCACGAAACGCUCAGUCCCCUCACGUUCGGGGGAGGGACCCGGGGAGAGCGCGAACCACGGCGCGGAUCCACCGGUACCGGGAGGAGACACCGGGGAACGGGACCGCUCCUCGCUUUGCGGCGCUGUCGCAAAAAAGCGCGGAGCGGAGCCGGGCCGCGCUCUGAUUGGCUCGACCGGAGCCGCGCCGCACUCUGAUUGGCUCCUCCUGACCUGCGCCGCGCUCUGAUUGGCUCCGCUGGGGAGGGGGGCGGGUCCAGCGGCAGCGCCCGGCGCGGCGGCGGCUCCGGGGCUCCGGCACGAUGCUGCCCCUGUCCCUGCUGAAGACGGCGCAGAACCACCCCAUGCUGGUGGAGCUGAAGAACGGGGAAACGUACAACGGGCACCUGGUGAGCUGUGACAACUGGAUGAACAUCAACCUCCGGGAGGUCAUCUGCACAUCCCGGGAUGGAGACAAAUUCUGGAGAAUGCCAGAGUGCUACAUCCGUGGCAGCACCAUCAAAUACCUCCGGAUCCCUGAUGAAAUCAUUGAUAUGGUGAAGGAAGAGGUGGUGUCCAAGGGCAGAGGCCGUGGGGGGAUGCAGCAGCAGAAGCAGCAAAAGGGCCGUGGGAUUGGAGGUGCUGGAAGAGGUGUCUUUGGUGGCCGUGGUCGAGGAAUCCCAGGCAGUGGAAGAGGGCAGCAGGAAAAGAAGCCAGGCAGACAAGCAGCAAAGCAAUGAGGACAAGCUGGGGACAGUGCCACCACCCCUGGGUGGCUUUUUAGCACCUCAGGAUUGCCACGUCUGCAACAAACAAACCACAAAUGUUCCCUUUCUGCUCCUCUCCCAGUCCAUCCCUGCCCGAAUCAUCUGGUUUGGGACACCCCCCUCCACCCCCCUGGCAAUUGAAUUGGGUAAAGGGGUAAAUUCACUCCUUGUAGGCAGCAAAUCAUUGGAAAUAUUUAAAAAAAAAUAAUUAUUCAUGGUUAAAGACUUAAUUUCUGCUUUCUCCUGAGAGAGAGAGAGAACAAGAGAGCACAGGUUUAUUUUUCAGGCUCCCCAGGUUUCAUUUCCAAGCUGAGUUGGUGUGAGAAGGAAGGCAAAGGCUUACUGGCUUGUUUGGGAGUAGUUUUAUUUUUAAUAUAUAUACUUGAAGCUUGGUAACAGAUGUGUUUUGGUUUGAAAAUGCUGAACUUGAGGCAAUUGUGGCUUCACAGGAGAAGUCUUAAAGAUCUGGGGGUUAUGAAGAACAACCAGCUUGGAAGCUCUUGCUGCUUUUCUGUUGCUGGGGAGUUCUGGGGUUGAGGUUGGGAUGAAUCCUCCCAAGUUUGGUUUUUUUUUCCAAGUUUUGUGAUAAAUGAGAGUUCCCCAAUUAGAUUAUUAACUGAUAGGACUUCAGGUGAGAAGUUGCCAUGAAAGGAAAAGCUUUUCUGUGUUUUCUUGCCCCUUUACUCUCCCUGCUCCUGCUGAGCUGGGAUUUCUUUUUCCCCCUGUGCCAUUGACACCAAGUCCUGAACUCCAAUAAUAUUUCUCAACCUUUUUUUUUUUCUUCUCCUCCUGCUACCUGGUGAUUGAUUUUUCUCUGCUCUUGUCACUUCCAGGCAGCAAAUCCCUUCCCUGGUGCCACAGACCAGUGUGUCCCCUCCUCUACCUUCAGAUUCCUGGGAAUUCCCACCUUGGGUUGCUCCAAUCUUCCAUCCCAUGGCACUCAGGGUUCCCAUGAGCAAAAUGCACCCCAAAAAUAUCCCAACUGAGGCUCUGCCUGGGGGAGAAAGAGGCUCUGACCUUGGCUUAGCCCCUGGGAGAGAUGAAAUAAUUGAAUUUGAGGGGGAAAGCCUGAUCUUGUGAUUUGUUUUGAACAGUUUCUUUAUGGGUUUGUUUGUGUUUUGUUUUUCCAACUGAUUCCUCUCUUGGAGCCUCCUCUGCCAUCACCACUGGAGGGAGAAAAUGGGUGAAGAACCUGCUUUUAUAGAUACUUAUUUUUUUAAUGUUUCUACAAGUUGUGCUCAGUGGGGAGUAGGAAUAAAUCACCCACCUGUACAAA